GGUGGCCCUGCUCGCUCGCUCGCUCCUCCGCCGCGCUAAGCCGCCGCCCCGCUGCCAUUGCCGGCUGAGGGGAAGCGCCAUGGAGAGCUGAGGAGCGGCGGCCGGCGGGGCUGACGGGGGAACCAAGGCGGGGAGAGCGGCAGAACCAACCCUCCUCCACCCCCCCUUCUCCUUGCCCCGGGAGACGACGGUGACAGCGAAGGUUGCCUGUCUGAAGAAGUGAAAUUGAAGUCCAAGAGCUUUUUAUAAAGGGGUGCACUUUAAUCUUGAUAAUGAAGAAAAGCAGAAGUGUCAUGGCAGUAACUGCAGAUGAGAACGCUCUGGAUUACCUAGAGUGUGGGCUGAGCAAGUCCUACAGCACUUCCAGCCAUGCUCUGGGCAUAGACCUCUGGAGAGGAAGGAGAUGUUGUUCUGGGAAUUUGCAGUUACCACCACUGUCCCAAAGGCAAACAGAAAAGGCAAAGACACCUGACAGAGACAUUGUCUGCAGACCAACAACUCUGCCUCUACUGACACCUCCCAGUAUUGCCAUCACCACUUACCAAGACUGCUUUGAUGUGGAAAAUGGCCCCUCCCCAGGUCGCAGCCCACUGGACCCACAGGCCAGCUCCUCCUCAGGGCUCGUCUUGCACACGACGUUCCCGGGGCACAGCCAGCGCAGGGAGUCCUUCCUCUACCGAUCCGACAGCGACUAUGACUUGUCACCAAAAACCAUGUCCAGGAACUCUUCUCUCCCGAGUGAACAGCAUGGGGACGACCUGAUUGUCACACCUUUCGCCCAGGUGCUGGCAAGCCUGCGAAGCGUGAGGAACAACUUCACGCUCCUCACCAAUUUGCACGGCACCUCCAACAAGAGAUCUCCAGCAACGAGUCAGCCACCUGUCUCCAGAGUCAACCUGCAAGAGGAGCCCUACCAGAAGCUGGCCAUGGAGACGCUGGAGGAGCUCGACUGGUGCUUAGAUCAGCUGGAGACCAUCCAGACCUACCGUUCCGUCAGCGAGAUGGCAUCCAACAAGUUCAAGAGGAUGCUGAACCGGGAGCUGACACACCUCUCCGAGAUGAGCCGUUCCGGCAACCAGGUGUCUGAGUACAUUUCCAACACUUUCCUGGACAAGCAGAAUGAUGUGGAGAUUCCUUCCCCCACCCAGAAGGACAGAGAGAAGAAGAAAAAACAGCAGCUCAUGACACAGAUCAGUGGAGUGAAAAAAUUAAUGCAUAGCUCAAGCUUAAACAACACCAGCAUCUCCCGAUUUGGUGUGAAAACAGAAAAGGAGGACCAUCUGGCCAAGGAACUGGAAGAUCUGAACAAGUGGGGUCUCAACAUAUUCAACGUGGCAAGGUAUUCCCACAACAGGCCUCUCACCUGCAUCAUGUAUGCCAUCUUUCAGGAGCGAGAUCUACUCAAAACUUUCAAGAUCUCCUCAGACACCUUUGUAACGUACAUGAUGACCCUGGAAGACCACUACCACUCAGAUGUGGCUUACCACAACAGCCUCCAUGCUGCUGAUGUUGCCCAGUCCACCCACGUUCUGCUCUCUACCCCUGCACUGGAUGCUGUCUUCACUGAUUUGGAAAUCCUUGCUGCAAUUUUUGCAGCUGCAAUUCAUGACGUGGAUCACCCCGGGGUCUCCAAUCAAUUUCUUAUUAAUACAAAUUCUGAGCUAGCCCUGAUGUACAACGACGAAUCUGUCCUGGAGAACCAUCACCUGGCAGUGGGGUUUAAGCUGCUGCAGGAGGAGCACUGUGACAUCUUCCAGAACCUGACCAAGAAACAGCGCCAGACUCUGAGGAAGAUGGUGAUUGACAUGGUGCUGGCAACAGAUAUGUCCAAGCACAUGAGUCUGUUAGCUGAUCUGAAGACUAUGGUGGAAACGAAGAAAGUGACCAGUUCAGGAGUCCUCCUUCUGGAUAACUACACUGACAGAAUACAGGUUCUCCGAAACAUGGUACAUUGUGCGGACUUGAGUAAUCCCACCAAGUCCCUGGAGCUGUACCGCCAGUGGACAGACAGGAUCAUGGAGGAGUUCUUCCAGCAGGGAGACAAGGAACGAGAAAGGGGAAUGGAAAUCAGUCCCAUGUGUGACAAGCACACAGCUUCAGUGGAAAAAUCACAGGUGGGAUUCAUUGACUACAUCGUCCAUCCGCUCUGGGAGACGUGGGCAGACCUGGUGCAGCCCGAUGCCCAGGACAUCCUGGACACCUUGGAGGACAACAGGAACUGGUACCAGAGCAUGAUACCUCAGAGCCCCUCUCCUCCCUUGGAGGAGCAGGGCAGGGACUGCCAGAACCUGAUGGAGAAGUUCCAGUUUGAACUGACUCUGGAGGAGGAGGAUUCGGAUGGACCGGAGAAGGACGGUGAGAGCGUUGGCUACUUCAGCAAUACAAAGACACUCUGCAUGGCUGACCCUGGGGCAGAGGAUUCCCAGAGGGAGGCCAGCAUAGAAAUUGUGACAGAAGACACGUCUCCUGUGGACACAUAAUGCCCUGUCCCUGUGUGAGUGGAUUUUAAACACUUGAGGAGCAUGCAAGCAGUCUGACGGACUAGCCUGCAGCCUGGGUCUGAGGCCUGUGCCUGACAUGGGCUGAAAGAUCCUCCCAGCUACUUGAGAUUGGAAGCAGGGUGAAAGAUGGUGGAGAGAAUGAUUGCUCAGGAAAUUACCAGGUGAUGCACGUUGUUGGUUUAAGCCUUGUCAGCCAAGAGCAUGGCGUUGGCCUGGAGCUGGCUUGGGUGGCGACUUGAAGAGCAAAUGACACACAACUGAGAGAUUUUAUAUACCAUUAGUUUUGGGAAUUUAUACCAGUUAGACUGAUAGAAACUACUGAUUAAUAACUCUCCGUAUCAAACCUGUCCACCUGACCACCUGUCUGCAGACCUGUGUGCCUUCUUUGUAAAACACUUUCAUGUCUUUUCGAGAGCCUGUUACUUCUCAAGACACGGAGUUUAGUACACAAAGCGACACAAAAGCGUUUCAGAGUUGAGCAGUAACUUUUUUGGAUUCUUCCUGUUACAAGAAGCAGUCUUCCUUUUGGGUUUUUUUUUUGUUUGUUUGUUUGUUUUUCGUGGGCAAUACCUGUCACUUUACUGCAAGUUAAUCACUUUUACAGACUAAAUGGAAGCGGGGAAGGGGUCCGGGGGAACCCAAAACCCUCCGGUUUGCAUUACUGCACCUUUAACAGUCUUCUCACCACCCUGCUUAAAGUCACUUCAUGCCAUUGGGCACCCCCUCUCUUUGCUUGCUAGGAAUUAACAGUGUUGUACCCUCCAGGGGGGUUUAUUCUUGCUGUGCACAGGACAGAGGGCAGUUUGUUUCCAUCCAUACCCCACGUGAUGAGGCAGCAGCGUGCGAUGCCCGGGUGGAAGUUGGGGUGUUUGUGUUUCUUCCCCGCCUCCCAGUCACGUUUUUCCUAGGUUUAGGUUCAACCCCCUCCUCCUGCACUGCCUUGAGCUCUAACACCUCCAUUACUGUUUAUAACAGUGUAUUUAUUACGUCGUGUACAUACUGUAAUGUUUUGUAAGUUAUUAAUUUAUAUUGAAUUAACACCGCCCCUCGGCGGGCGGCGUUGAUUGUGUAGAAAACUCGGGAUAAGAGUUGCCUUUUUUUUUGUUGUUGUUGUGGUUGGUUGGUUGGUUGGUUUUAUUUCUUGUAACCUUUUGUAUUGCAUAAAAGAUGAGAAACCUGAACGUAGCUGAAGAGACAGACACAACCCAGGAAGGGCAUUCGGGUGGCAGCUGCCCAAAGGGGGGGGAGUUGCCCCAGAGAACCAGAACCCCAGGCAGCAGGCCAGUGGUUGGAAGUUGGAGGCUGAAAGCCUCAAGGGGAGGGAAGGAACCAAAAAAAACACCCCAAAUCCACCUCUUCCCCCCCCCCAAAAAAAAACCAGGCUGGCUUUUAAAUGUCACCUUCCAAUUUCCAACCAACCCAAUGUGAAUUUCUAUGACAAAAAUAAAUAAAUGAAUAAAAAUGUGAACUGAUGUAAUAAUUGUGCUGUGAAACUUCUUCUGACAAAGCUCGUCUGGCAUCCUGAGUGAUGUCCAGUCUCAGUUUGUAAAAUAAUGUUUCAAGCUUUUUUUUUCUUUUUUUUUUUUUUUUUUUUUUUUUUUUGGUCCAACUUGUGACUGAUUAGUUCAUGGAAAAAUUAAGAGAAAAAAAAAAAAAAAAAAAAGCACAGUUGUGCAUGAUCAAUGGGUUUGUAUGUCUGUUGAACACUGCGUUGUUCCAGGUGGUUAUUUUAUUGUUUCCAAACCAAGAGUUUCACACGAUGUAUGUUACAGUAUAUUAUAUAUUGUGUUCAGAUGCAUUCUUAAAGAGAUUUUUAUAUGAAGUGAAUAAAUGAGAGCAUGACCCUG